UGGCCAAUUUGCUAUAGUGAAGAAAUGUCGAGAAAAAAGCACUGGUAUAGAGUAUGCUGCUAAGUUCAUUAAAAAACGUCAGAGUCGGGCCAGCCGUCGUGGAGUGAGACGUGAGGAAAUUGAACGGGAAGUUACUAUUCUGCAGCAGAUUCUGCAUGCCAACAUCAUCAAGUUGCAUGACAUCUAUGAGAACAAGACGGAUGUGGUCCUCAUCCUUGAGCUGGUUUCUGGAGGAGAACUUUUUGACUUCCUGGCACAGAAGGAGUCUUUGAGUGAAGAGGAAGCAACCAGAUUCAUCAAGCAGAUUUUGGAUGGUGUGAAUUACCUUCACUCUAAGAAAAUUGCUCACUUUGAUUUAAAGCCUGAAAAUAUUAUGCUUCUAGACAAGAAUAUCCCUAUUCCACACAUCAAACUCAUUGACUUCGGCCUGGCUCACAAAAUAGAAGAUGGAGUUGAAUUUAAAAACAUUUUUGGAACUCCAGAAUUUGUAGCUCCAGAAAUAGUAAACUAUGAACCGCUUGGACUAGCUGCAGAUAUGUGGAGCAUAGGAGUCAUCACCUACAUACUGCUUAGUGGUGCAUCGCCUUUCCUUGGGGAAACUAAACAAGAAACACUUGCCAACAUCACAGCUGUGAAUUAUGAAUUUGAUGAAGAAUUUUUCAGCAAUACCAGUGAUUUGGCAAAAGAUUUUAUUCGGAAACUCCUGGUGAAAGAUACACGGAAACGGCUUACAAUUCAGGAAGCUCUGUCCCAUCCAUGGAUAACGCCAGUGGACAAGCGACAGGCUUUGGUUCGGCACGCAUCUGUUGUUAACAUGGAAAACUUCAAAAGGCAAUAUGCUAGAAGGCGAUGGAAGCUUUCUUACCGUAUUGUCUCAUUGUGCAACCACUUAUCUCGUUCGCUGGUGAAAAAGGUCCUGACACAAGAUGAAAGUUUGAGAAACUGUGAAAGUGACAGUGAGGAUCUUUCACGAAGAAAAGCCACUCGUCAAAGGAGAAGCAGCAUAUUCAGCUGGCGCACUGGGCUGACCAAG